UAUAAGACUGAUGAGCCACGUUACAAGGCGAAUCUGGAGGUGAUGAGACGUAGCUGGGUACUUUAGAUUUGUGCGGAACUCCGCCGGCAUGAAUCGCAAGACUCAGCGACUCUCAGGAGAUCUUCUCACUGCAUGGUAUUGCAAGUGGAUAGAUUGAGAACUAUCUCUGAGGCGGUCUACAUGUGUAAGUCUCACUCGGGCAUGGGAAGGGGACCAGAGACCCUCGGAGACAAACUCCAAGUCCUAAUCAUACUUUCCGUCGUAAGUAUGGCAAAGACGCUGAGCCUGCUCAAGUCACUUAGGUAGCCUGAGCCGGGCUACAAGAGGCAGAGUGUAUAGAGCAGCGGAUAUUUGAGGCAGAGUGACGCCGCAAGUGAACAUGAGAUAAGAAACACAUGACUCAACCCAGUCACAACUCACUAUUGAAGAGCUCACGAUGAUUUUUAACAAAAUUCUCAUCAGCCUCCUGGCCGCUAUUCCUCUCUAUAAUGCCGCCACCGUACCCUCCGCUGUCACCAGAGAGCCUGAUUUCGAACUCAUCUCGGAGGCUUUCGAAGCAGGUCAGAUGGUCACCAACCCAGACAUCAGCAUCGGCGCCACUGCCACCAGUGCAGCUGAGAAGCGCGAGCACGCUGAGUGCUGGAACAACAGUAAACAUUCCCUAAAAGAACCGAAUGGUUCCUACUCUAUCUCUGCCUCUGGGAACCAUCUCCUCAGUGCCCAACGUCUUGGUGCCCUGCUCCUCGAAAAUUCUCCGUCAGUUUUCAGAAGUGAGCGUUUACUAAACCAAGACGGGUUGCAUUGAUGACGACCAGGCAGAAACACAGAAUCGAUUCCCGAAGAUACGAGGGUUAUGGUUAUCUCCUACUCAUCUUCCUGCUGAAAAUUCGAAUGAAGACUGUUGAGCCGCUCAGAGAGAGAGAGAGAGAGAGAGA